GCUCCUCCUCCUUCCCUCCAUCUUUCACCACCCCACCGAUUAACUAACUUUUUCAAUCCACUCUCCAUUAAUCACUCACCAUCUUCUUCUUCUUCAUCAUCGUCCAAUGAUAUGAUGGAAGACGAGGAAACGCUGGGAAGCGCAUUGGGAUCCGGGGCGAGCCCGGAAGAGACCAGCCCCUGUUCGAAAACCGGCAACAACAACAAGGAACAGGACAAGUUCCUCCCGAUCGCGAACGUGGGACGGAUCAUGAAGAAGGCCAUCCCCGGCGGCGGCAAGAUCUCCAAGGACGCCAAGGAGACCGUCCAGGAAUGCGUCUCCGAGUUCAUCAGCUUCGUCACCGGCGAGGCCUCCGACAAGUGCCAGCGCGAGAAGCGCAAGACCAUCAACGGCGACGACAUCCUCUGGGCCAUCACCACCCUAGGCUUCGAGGACUACGUCUCCCCCCUCAAGAUCUACCUCAACAAGUACAGGGAGCUCGAAGGCGAGAGGCUCAAUCUCCCCCCCAAACACCACCACCACCAAAACGGCGGCGUCCUCCUCCUCGAUCAACACAACAAUUUGGGAUCCGUUUAUAACCCUAGCACCAGUGUCUACUCCACGCCUUCCAAUUCCGCCCUAAUCUCCCCCUACGCUUCCUCCCCCUCCGACCAUCACCUCCAGCCCUACCUCAAUUUGCCUUUUCCGGCCGCCCACCAGACCGCCGCCGCCUCCUCCAUUCAGGCACAAUUCACUGCCGCCCAACAAGAACACAUGGACUCCAUUGCCCAUUGGCAAUGAUUAGCAUUCCAUCAUACGGUGUAUCGAACACCCACUGAUCUAUAUAUGAGUAAACACAUGGAGGAGACCAUAAGAUCACCAACAGUUUUCUCAGUAUAAAUUGUUUACAUUUUU